AUGCGUCCAAACGAGUCAGAAAAUGUCAAACUUUACACUGACACAUAUUCAGUUGACGUGAGUUCUUCGAAAUAUUCCCAGCUUUUUUCUUUCUUUUUGUGACUCCUGCCCUCCAUUUGGCCCUAUAAUUAUUUUUUGAAACCAUUAAUAGACAUGCUUGUCGUGCGUCACUUUCUUUCCCACAGUUUAAUUAAAUUGUAUUCGAAUACAGAUAUUCACUUCUGGAAGCCGAGCACGAAUCCAGAAUCUACUAGGCCAUUAAGUUAAAAAAAUAAGCAUUUGAAUGCCAUUGGAGUCCUAAACUGGGGGUGGUUUACAAUGAGAUCCCAGUCAACGUAGUACUCCACCGCCAACACCGCCUGAAAGAGGGAAGUGUCAGACUAAAUGGCGUAGAGGACAGGGGAAAAUCACUCAGGAAUCAAAAAAUAACAACUGCGCACGAGAAUUAGACACCAACUUGGCAGUUACUGAAAGAUAACAGAAACACGGACCAGGCAAUCGAGCAGCUGUAAGGCAAACAGAGGACGAGGACGUCAGUCAUGGAUCAAAAGCAUAGGCAAACAUAUGCACAGGCUGAGACACCAAGUGAAGGAAUUUUUUUCGUAUAUAGUAAUAGGGCUAAAUAAGACGCUAAUACACACUGGGCUCAAUUGCUGGGUGUUGUUACUGUCUUUAAACCUUUGAAUAUGUCUAGGAAGCCAAUGGCAGUCGGUGGGUUAUUCUUUAUUUGACUUCAACACAGAUUCGAUGAGUUUUUUGAGUGCUGUGCACACAGGUUUAGCGGCUAGCUCUAGGAUUAGGCAUUCCAUAGGUCGGUGACACACAGUAAAUGCCACCUGCCUACAUACUACUUGUACAGCUUGUUGCGAUGCCCAAGGAGACGAAAAAUUCUACUCAGCCGGAAGACAAGGUCAGUGUCUGCAACGUGAAUCCUAUCAGCCGGUUCGUACGUUUUGUUGCGGUCCGGCAGUCUGGGAAGGUCGAACUCCACAGGUUAUCAGCGUCUCAGGCUUUCCAAAGAUAGCGAACAGGUUCUGCUGCUUCUCAUCUGAUCCUCCAAAGACCCACCAUAUCACGAAGGAGGUACGUGUAUCAGACACGGAAGUUCUAUUAGUUGGGACUUUGCAAGCGCCUUCGAAUGUAAGAGAGUUUCUUGCGUGCUCUUGCGACAUCCCGUAAUUCUUCUUCGUCCGCAGCGGUUGAAAUUCGUAAAGUUAGUGCGAAGAACGAUCUGGUCUCCUGACACGUUCUCCACGCACAGUUGUAAACACACAUAGGUACUGAUUACUUACACUAAAUUGCGAUUGUUUUACACCUACCGCAAGUUCCCAGUGGCGAUCUAUACACUCACUUGAACCACGGCCUUUUAGCCAGAAGUGUAAUUAUGUCUGAUCAAAUUCUUUAUCUCUUUCGGCAGUUGUAACCUGACCGAAUUUAUGCGUACUUCCAUUUAGGCCGAUGGUUUCCUUAUGAUCAUACGAAAGCAGAAAAUAUUGUUUCUGUUGUUCAUUUAAGUUGUCAGUUAUUCUCGUCGUGCAAUUUUAACGUUGCUUGAUAUUUAGAAUUGUCUUGGAAAACCGUCAACUCAGCAUAAACAAAGUUGGCAAAACCAAAAGGGGAGGCUGAAGAAAAACAUUCGGAGUGUUUUUAUGAACCGAGGCAACAGUCGUCGAGUACGUAUUACGGAUUUUUGGCAUGGCCACUAUUUGAAGUUUCCGACACUUUCUGACCAAGUUACACGUUAUAAAGUGGUCAACAUGAGUUUACCAGAAAAUGAGCUUUUACUAAGAGUGUAAUUGCAUUUAGCUUGGAAGAGACGCUCACAGAUUUGGUUUCAAUACAAAGCGUGCGCUUCCAUUUGUGGCCUGAAAGUCCAGUCUAGAACAUUCGUCUGGCUUAAGGGCCGGAGUCUGCUUCUGAACCUGGGAUUAGUGUGACUAAUGAACUAAAAAUGGUUGUCUUAGCCUUCCUUGUCUUUACUAUAUUCUUUCUAUAUGAUUGCGCUCUCUGCAUGCACUCUCAAGAAGUUACACGUGGCCCAGUUUAAUAAUUAAUACCCAAUUGCCUUGGAGCGGCUCGAUUUGGCUGGGCAAUUUUACAAUGAUUUGCUUGCAGUGUAUUUGCUUCGGACGGACAAACAGGGGAAGGAACGUAUAUUUUCUUUCGAAAGCCCUGUAACGAUUCAACGGACUUAAUCACACGUAACUUGCGGUUAUCGUUUCAGCUCAGCUUUCGUAAUCCUUAGACACCGUAAUAAGUCAGCUCACUGGACCACAUUACGUUCCAGUUUGGAACCGGUGGUUGUUACUAAGGAGUAGAUAUUUUUGGUCGUUCCCGUUAUAACUAUAUUCCAACCAGUAAUUCCGGCGUCGACAUAAUGUACAUUGAUUUAUAAUCGCAUGCGAUUUUAGCAUCGUCACUGUCACGAAUGACGUCAAGUAAAAUUGGAGUGUCUCGAUUUAGUAGUUCCUUACGAUCGUUAAUUACUUGAAGGAAAAAACCAAAGAACCGAGGGAGGAUGGAAUAGUCAUCUUCCAUGUAUUAGCCGUUGUCGGCCAGCUAUACACCAAUCCCAGGUUCGCAUAUCCCGGGACUUGAUGCUGCACUCUGGUUGUUAAACAUUAAGUGAAUGCUUUGCCACCAAGUAACAGACUCGAACUUUGAACUCUAAGGUAUGAUCAGAUUGGAAUUUUCUCUACUGUCGGCCGAUAUCCGAGUGCGUAUCUGAUGUUACAACGAAAUAGCAUUCGUUUGGGAACAUUUGUAACAUGACGAUAUUAUCGGUUAAUGGGUUCGUAUCACGACAACGCAAUACCCGUAUUAAGUCGGGAUUUUAGGACUUGUUGUUGUAGGAUGUGAAAUCCUUAGGAACCUCUAUAAGACUUGCCUGGUUCUUUGGUAAGUGCUCAGAUUUUGUUCCUUCGAGUUCAUUCAUUAAUAUUUAUUAUAAAUACCAACUUUUUCUGUUUUCAAACCCUCUAAGCAAUAUAUCGGGUUCUUCCUAAGUCAUUCACUGCGACAACAAGCAUGAUUCCAUUACUUUCGACCUCAAUUUUUCUUUUUCAGAUCCCCCGGUCCGCUUUAGUCUCUUCAAGCAUGUUUUUCCAAGCAGCUUUUGAGAGUGGAAUGUCAGAAACGCGUUCUGGACGAUUCUUUUUGCCCGAGUUUUCCGACCGACAGCUCCAACACCUUGCCAACUUCACAUCUAACCUUCAUCUGUUUGCCUCUGAUUCAUCGUCCCCUCCGAAUAAGUCCAAACCAUCUACCGCUUUAGAGAGUGUUCUGGUGCCUUCGGUUACCAAUGAAUGUGAAAAAGAGGAAAAACUAUGUCGAAUAAUUGAGGCUACUCUAGUUGCCGAUUAUUUGCAAAUGCCUUGCUUCAAGAAACAACUCGUUGAUUGGCUUCAGGAGUUACUUUCUUCGGCUUGUGAUAAAUAUUCGGCCUGCUUUUCUCAAACUCAUCGCUGUAGCUUCUUCACUGAGGCGCUUACGAUCCUCUCCGAUCGGCGACUGCACGACCUCAAAAGGGUGUUUGUAGAAUAUCUCUAUCGUUUUCCCCAGUUUUUCUUCAGUCCCCGAUACGCUGCCUUAGACAUCACUCAGUCCUCACUUUCCAAGCUAGUCGUACGGUGGCUGUCCUCAGACAAAUUAUACUUCAAGUCUGAGGACGAACUUGUUGAUAUCGUGAGUGAUUGGAUCCAAAUGUCCUGUCAGUCCAAACGGCGUUAUUUGUCAAACGAACGUCGCUGUGAACUCCUCCUCACUUUAACGUCCCCACUUAGACUGGGUUUGCUCAGUUGGUACGGUCUGCAAGCCUUAAUCUCCCUUUUGAAUGAAAAUCUGACCCUCGUUGCGGAAGACUUCUCCCUGAAUUGUCUUCUCCUCGUCUCGCAAGCGUUGAUAGCGCGCGAUCUCUGUUCUUCCAUACAGUCCGCACUCUGUGCUUCCCUCCUUCCCACCGACCUUCGCAACUCUCUCGGCUGCCAAGCCUUCAGACAAAGGGCCAAUGUGCCUGUUUUGACGUUCAUCGUCAAACAGGACUUUCCCAUGCCGGCAAUCUCGGCAUAUUUUAUCGACCUGGUACAGGGACGUAGUCUUUGUUCCAGAAUACCCUCUUCCGUGGAGUCGGCCUUCCUAUCGGAGCCCAGCGAAAGCAACCCGAUACACCUCUGCACUGCGGAACUACAGGAUUGUCAGAACCUGGUAUUUCUUUUCAUGCAUCAAGUAAACGUUGCCUGUGUGCGCGGUUGCGUGUGGAAUCUGGCAACUUUAGAGGCAGAGUGGCUUCCACCAUUGAGUCUGAAACAUAGUAUGUUCAACUGGGCCGCAGACUCACACCACUUGUCUUUCGCGGCACCGCAUUCUGUCGGUGUGGUCUAUUCGGCAGAUGGCCUUGUGGUCUACUGCUCAUUCUCAGUUCUUGGCGACGCAGUACUUUGUCUCUACCAGUUCGAUCCCGGCAGCUGGACUUGGAAGCCUCUAAGCCCGCAGAAACUGGAGCUGAACUUUGGCUGGACUGGUGGCAACUUCUUCACUCCCAUGCCGCAGGCUACCCGCCAGGGAGACUCCUGGCUCUACGGGACUAUGGAGCUGCCAACCGGCAGUGUUUUUAUUCGCGCUCGGCCCUCGAGAACCACUUCCCGCCUUAUUGAGGUGGAACGUCUGCCCUCACCAGAUUUUGUCCUCCGUGCUCAUAGGCUAGUUGGAGUCGACGUUUCAGUGGACCACGGCGAGCCUUCCUCAAGUAAGCCUAAUUAUUUCGCGUAUUUCGGCUCUACCUUCGUCUCUCUCUCUGCCAUACCCAGCCUUUCCUACGUGUUUUGUUGAUAAUUCGCCUUUUGCCGUUUACCCCCUUUUCGUCACAUACUGCCCAAUUUUGGAUAAACUGGAGCUGUUCACAUAUGAUAUCAGGUGUUGUUGUUCCCUGACCUCUAUUAUUAAAAAUAGUAUUAUGGCAGGGAGCGCUCACCGAUCGUUCCUACGGAACUCACUCGUUCUGUUGUGCCUUACUGGCUCUCUCUUUCUCGAACCAAACCAGCAACGCACAGCGGCGCACGAUAUAAGCGGUAUGUUAUUACCGACAAAGACAAGGGAGACCGGGAUGACCAUUUCUGGCUUAUUAGCCGUCGUCAGUCAGUCAUACCCCAUCCCGAAAUAUUGUUUUGCGCAUAAACGUCAUCCUUAUUGACCAUAUUUGCUGUCCAUAGAAGCUAACACCAAUGAAAAGCCACUAAGGUCUCAAGUGAAACUCCCUAAUAUCCGCACUUUUAAUGAGUAUUUGUUGGUUUUUGACUACGCAGAUUUCGGAAGUACGAACACACACAGCUAGUAAACUUUUCGGAUUUCUUGACUUCGUAUUUUUGUAGUCUGAUCCCUAAAAACUUGAUUGCUACUUGAGAUGCGUCCAACCCUACCGGAAGUGACAAGUUAUCCAAAGUCAAAAUCAUUUGGAAACAACCGUUUCAGGCAUAUCACCGCACUAUACUUGGCAGUAAAUACACACAUUUUAAGGACCUUGGAAUGCUGAAAGUAGGACGACAGCAGCAAAAGAUUAAAUUUAUCCUUUAGGCCUCUGACCGUGAAUCUUAUCGUUGAAGACGACUGUUACCACAGGCAUACGAUAGUAUGUAAUCGCAGCAAAAAAGGCUGCUUGCGAAUGCUGAGCCUGGCGUACUAAAAUUGUUCAUGUUAAAGCAGGAAGAAGCGUGUAUUUUGCAUAGACAUGGCCUCCGUCUCGUCCGGAAAUGUGCCCAUGCUCAUCUUUAGUCUUCUUAACUUUGUCCUACCAUUGGAUUACGGUGGGUGUGAUAAUGGACGAUGAGGUAAAUGCACUUACUGGAACCCAGUUCACGGCUGCACCCUCUCCGGGACGGUAUUUGUCAUCCUCGCUUGCGACAGACGAGCCUCCAUAAACGACAAUGCAGGGAGGAGCGGAGUUUAGGCGCUGGUGACACUCGAUAACUACCAAAUUAUCCGCGAAGUUAGUGCCAAACCGCCUGCAAUGAGCGACUCUGUUCGCGAUUAAUGGUAACUUCAUUUUUGACAGCUCGACCGAGGUCCACUGCUAUCACUCCUUCCCCAUAGCGACGAUUUUCGCGGUUCUUGAUGUCAUCUCCCACAUUUCGACCUCAUGCGGUCUUUCGACGCUCACGGCGGAACCCUCAGUAUUCGCCGUCUACUAGUAUUUUGGUCGUACCUCUCUUCCCCAUUCGUCGGCUCGGCUCGAAGCGUACUGUGGCCGAUCGUGUCUGGGUUUCUCUCGUCUGGCUAUGACCGAUUAUAAUCCGUUAUAUACCGCCACAUGCGGGCCAGUCCUGCCCGCAUUUUUCUGUUAUUAUUAUUAGCGAGGGUUUUUUUCUCCUGUAAAAUUAAUCCAAUAUUUUUUAAAUUUUUUCAUUAGAGUCUUUUUCACCGCUCGCUCAUCAUUUUUCUUAGCGGACUACUCAUUCAGCAACUAUGAAUUACAUUUUGUACAGAUUCCGCCUACCUCGUCUAAGUUCUAUGUAAAUUUAUUUUUGCUUGCUUUGAUGGGACCCCGACGGGUCUUUAAUAAAAAAUUAUUAAAAUUAUUAUGACGUGAGCAGUUCGAGCACCUCCCCAGCUUCGGUAACCAACCAAUCUAACCAUCGCUUUCGCCCGCAUCAGAGUUCUAUCCCUCUCUAACUUAUACAGUGUCAUGUGACCCAACACCCGAAGUAGAAAUCACCGGUGCAAUGCGGAGAAUGCACAACAACAAGGCUUCCGGAGGGGAUGGUAUUCCCACUCAGCCCGUGGCCAAAAUCUUCUCUCUGGCGGACUGAAGUAUCCAUAGUCACGCAUGAAUGACGUUCACCGACCUGGCCCAAUUAAUCGGCAAAAUAUGAACCUUGGGAUGUUCCCGAGACCUGCGAUUUGCCAUUCAGCGAGGGGUAAUCGCCAACCAUUGUCAUGAAAACAAGGAAAGUCGGGAUUACUAUUUCCCGUUUAUUAUCAUCAAGCAGCGUUACCACACCCAGGACUGCAAGUCCUGAGAUCCUGAGCCCAAAUCAGCUGGCCAAUGAACUUGACGUUCCGACAGUCAAGCCACGGACGCACGCUUUGGUGACUGUAAUUCGGGAUGCGUAGACUCAGAAUGAAAUUACUGACAGGACAUGCCAGACUGUGGCGGCCAUUUCUGGCUUAUUAGCCGUCAUUGGCCGGCCAUACUUAACUCCAGGCUCGGAACCACUAAGGUUUGAACUUGCGUUCUGUGGGUUAUAACCCUAACGCUCUAACAACUGAGCCACGGACUCUUUGCCCUGUCGGUUGCGAUCGGUUAUAUUAAUUAUGGUAGAGGGCGCUUACCGAUUGUACUACAAGACCUACGCGUGCCGUUGCGUCUUGAGCCCGAGUGAUCUCAUUUUGUCUAUAAUAAUGGUCGUUGUGCGGCCGCCCGCGACGCUACAGAUCGAGCCCCAAGACAACCGGGCGGGUAGGUUCGGUACUGCGAUCAGUGGACACCCUCUACCGUGUUUGUAUUCGUAUUUUCACACGUUUGCUGUCCUCAUCCGAUUUUGAAAUGUAACAUCUGUUUCGUUUGGCCUUGGGGCAUACCCGACUAACGAUAACAAACAAGCCAGAGAUGGGUACUGUUUCGCCGCGGUUCCGGUCCGUAAGUGCUCGGUAGUUGUUCGCCCGCUGCUUGGUGUUCCAAGGCAAAACCGAAAACCCCUGUCCCACCCGUCGAACCUUGCCUCCGUCAGUUUUUUACGAGCCAACGAGCGAUUUUAUUAAUGAAUUCGUCAUUAAGUUGCUCAACACUAUGAUCCCUAACUAACAGCCUGACAACUGGAUGCAGCCUCAGACCCUCGCACUAUACCUCUAUUUCCAGAAUCUCGAAACUACAUUAGCACAGUUUGGUGGCUUACACUAACAAAUUGCUUAUCUCUCGCCUGAAGGCACCAAAUUAUUACUCAGAACGCUUUCUCUGCCGCAGUAAAACGACCGGCUUUUCGAAUGAUCCUGAUGUCGCACGGAUAUGAACACGUCAGUCCAUCACAUUCGCUAUUUGCUUGAAUUUUCGGUGAAUUGUUUUUAGCUAGUGUGGUCUUGUAGCAACCUAUAAUAAGCCACAGACUGAAACGACCCUUUCGUUGUCUAACAGUCACCAGUUAAUUUAAUCCUUUCCCGCCACGACUUUUUCGUCUGGCGGAUAGGCAAACUUGGUCCUUUACGGUUGUGAGUUCAGUUUCGCAAUGUAGGUGGGGGGAUCUUCGUGCAUUCAAGAGACCAAAUUUACUUUCUGAGGGAUAUAAGUGCGUUUACUUUGUCUUCACAAUUUUAGCACACAUGGAAUCCUACAUAUUCCCCUUCAACGCCUGCUCCCGUGACAGUGAGGCCAUGCGAAUGUGCUACUCUCAAUCUCUAGGCUCAUGGCAACGGUGGAAUCCCCUGGAUGAUUCUACGAACGUUUCUCCUGCUCCCACCCCGUCGUCUUCCUCCCAGCUCCUCAGGUUCGGUCUCUCUCGGCGGCUUGUCGGCUUCCGUGGCGUAGUAUGCACGAGCAGUCUCAGCCUGCACAAUUCGACUGCAGUUUUUUCGGGCGAGAGGGCGGCCGAUGACUCUACAGAGACCACUGACUCCGACUCCUCCGCUUCAUCGCUGCUCGAUUCUGUCUCCUCCAGUUCGCCCAACACCUGCAUUUCCCCCCUACUUUCCACAGCCCGACCGGACUGCCUUAUGUCUACCAAAGAAUCUCCGGGGGUUUCCGCCGCCGCCGCCGAGUCGAGUUGCCAUCGGAGGCUCCGCAAGCGUCACCCCGUACGGCGCGGGCGCCGGGCGCGUGUCAGCAUCCUCAGUCCGGGCAGUUACCUCGUCCUGGCGGGCAGAUUAGCUCAAGCGGUGUCUGACCCUCCGGAGCCGCUGGUCUCUGGCGUUUGGCUGAUAGACCCGAGUCGGCAUCUACCCCGAGCCCCGGUUUUCAGUCUACCUGAUCAACUAGGCAGCUUGUUGCAUCGAAACUUGGAUGGCGUGCGAGUAACAGUGGCGUUGGCCAACUGGUCAGCCCUGGCACAAGCCGCCUCUGCCCCUCCACUGAUGCGUUUUCGACGGGCCGUCACAGUUCCGAAGGAAGCCAAGCUCGUCACUGGAUUUACAGCCGCCGCCGCCCCCGCUUCAUCAUCCUCCCUCGUAACCUCAGUACUGCCCGGCGCGGGCAGUGAUUCGGACUGA